GCCCUCAGCGCGCAUGCGCCCUGCCCAGCGCCCGCCCGAGCGCGGCGGAUUCAAACCGGGGCUCGACCCGGGCCGCGGCAGCCGCGCCCCAGCGUCCUUCUUCUUCUUCCUCCUCCUCCUUCUCCUCCUCCUCCUUCUCCUUCUCCUUCUCCUUCUUCUGAGAGAGUGGGACCGGGACCGGGAAGCAGUGGCGCUGGGCCUGGUAAAACGUGAGGAGAAACCGUGCGCAGGGGUGAGCUCGAUCCCCUCAGGGUAUCCCGAUCCGCCUCGGAGGGUCCUGGUUCCGCUCAGUGUGAUGGUGAAGGAUAUGACAUCCUCAAGCCUGGAAGAUUUAUGUCUCCACAUCAAUAUGAAGAUUUCAAAUAUUAAAAAGUGUCUCCUAAUAAGACACAUAGGUGAGGAUGAUUCCCGCAAGCCUGUGCUCCAUAAGAUAAAGAAUGAGGUGGUCCUUGUACAUGAUCUCCUGAAUAAAAUGGAAAGUGAAAUUAAACAGCAAGAAAAACUGAAAGAUUCACUCAAAGAGAUCCAGAAGGCUGCUGAAAGGGAUCAGAAGGAAGCACAGCACAUUCUUGAACACAUUCCACGCUAUCUGCCUAAACCACCCCAGAGCUGCGACAUCGUGCCAACUGUGAAACACCAAGGACAAACAAAGGCUGUAGAAGCCAAAUCUGAGAAGAAACCUGCAAAAGAGAAAAAAGCCAUUAAAGAAGCAGCAUUAAUAACCACAGAGGAGUUUGAAAGUGUUCCUGCCUAUUUGAAAGGCCGUAUAACGUAUGAUCAGAUUAAUACAGUUGUUCAAGAGAUGAACAAGGCCGUGGUGGGCAAGUACAUGAUCUUGUAUCAGCCUUUGAAGUCUAUGAGUGCACCAGUCAGAAACCUCUACCACAGGUUCAAAGAAGAGGAAACUAAAGAAACAAAAGGAGCAUUUUUCAUCGUGGAGGAUGAUAUCAAGGAGUUCACUCAGCUGAAAUUGGACAAGAGAUUCCACAGCAUCCUCAGCAUUCUGAGGCACUGCCAGAGAGUGAGAGAGAUUCGUGGCUCGGGGCUCAUCCGCUACGUCAUCUGCUAACAGCUCCCCAACACCCUGCCCUGCUGUCCAGACAGCAACAGGGAGGGGUUUUCAGGCACCCCCCCUAAAUUAGGAGUGGUGUUUGUGUUUGAGUUUUGUUGUGCAAAGUCAAGAGGAACUACAGACCCAAACCAGAAAGUCAGCUGGGCAAAUUUUCUGGUCAGUAAAGUAAAAAAAGUAAAGUUCUCUGUAUGUUA